CCUGGAAUGCAGCGGGCUCGAUGACUCAGCAUUGUUAUCUGGCUCGAUGUUCGUCGGUGACUCAUCGGAGACCUCCACGCUUCCAUCGGACCCUAAGGAUCCACCAGCAACAAACUGACACUCCAAGGUGGCAGCUAUGGCUGAGGAGAGCUCAGCUACUGACCAUGAGCAGCUCCUGAGGAGGGUGCAGGAGCUGGAAGUGGAGGUGAAGCGGCUGCAGGAGAAGCUCCGGGAGGACAAGGAGGGUGCUGGGAGGAGAGAGGCUCCUCCAGCCCCUGGGAAAGCCAGGAAACGCCAACAACGGCCCUUUGAUUUCAGCACCCACAGCCGCAGACACGUGGCACUGCGCAUCGCCUACCUGGGCUGGGGCUACCAGGGCUUUGCCAGCCAGGAGAACACCCCCAACACCAUCGAGGAGAAGCUCUUUGAAGCCCUGAAGAAGACGCGGCUGGUGGACGACAGACAGACAUCCAACUACCACCGCUGCGGGCGCACGGACAAGGGUGUCAGUGCCUUCGGGCAGGUGAUCUCCCUGGAUCUCCGCUCCAGCCUGCCGGAAGGGCAGCAGCUCAACGGCCACACGGGUGAGGGGCAGCAGGAGGAGCUCCGCUACACCCACAUCCUGAACAGGGUGCUGCCACCUGACAUCCGGGUGCUGGCCUGGGCCCCCGUGGAGCCAGAGUUCAGCGCCCGCUUCAGCUGCCUGAGCCGGACCUACCGGUACUUCUUCCCCUGCGCCCAGCUGGACGUGGCCCUCAUGGACACCGCGGCCCAGCGCUACGUGGGCACCCACGACUUCCGCAACCUCUGCAAGAUGGACGUGGCCAACGGGGUGCUCAACUUCCAGAGGACGAUCCUCAACGCCAGAGUGACAUGGGUGGACAGGGGAGGAGAAGCCGGGCCAUGGGAUCCCUUCCGGCUGUGCCAGUUCGAGGUGACGGGACAGGCAUUCCUGUACCACCAAGUCCGCUGCAUGAUGGCCGUGCUCUUCCUCAUUGGCCAGGGCAUGGAGAGCCCGGAAGUCAUUGACGAGCUGCUGAACGUGGAGAAGAACCCCCGGAAACCGCAGUACAGCAUGGCGGUUGAGUUCCCUCUGGUCCUGUACGACUGCGAGUUCCCAGACCUGCAGUGGCUCUACGACCCAGAGGUGCAGGGCUUCAACGUGACACACUUGCAGCAGCUCUGGGCCAGCCACGCCGUCAAAACCCACGUGCUCCGGGACAUGUUGGCAGGGCUGGAUGCUGCUCCCAUGGCCACCAGAAAAGGUCCAGGGAGCAGCCUGGUACCCUGGGGAGAACUGCAGCCCCCACUCCACAGCCAGAUCAGUGGCUUCGUGGAAGGAGUCCAAGCCCGCACCUACAAGCCCCUGCUGGCCCGGCCCAGAUGCGAGGGGCUGGAGGCCCGGAUCGAGCACUUCGUGCGGAGGGGCCGCAUCGACCCGCCCCAGGGGCCGGGGGAUUGGGCCGGGGAGCCCCCCGAGGGCAAGCGGGGCAGCAGCGGAGCCCCCGAGCAGCUGCCCAAGAGGAUCUGUAUGGACACCGAGUGACGGGGCACCCCGGCAUGGGGGCAGCUGACGCUUCACCCUUUUUUUGUAUUACUGUUAUUGAAAAAAAAAAAAGCUUUUUUUCAGUGCUAUUUUUUAUAAAUCUCAAGAAAUCCGGUA